AUGCCUGUGCCGGACCAGCCUUCGUCCUCUGACAAGACAAGUUCCCUUAGCCCCGUACUGAAUACCUCCAACGGAGAUGGAUCUGAGACGGAGACCACCUCGGCCAUUCUGGCAUCGGUCAAGGAACAAGAAUUACAGUUUGAAAGACUUACCCGAGAACUUGAGGCUGAGCGCCAGAUUGUAGCCAGCCAGCUGGAGAGAUGUAAACUUGCAUCUGAGACUGGAAGCAUGAACAGCAUUAGUUCAACUGAAGAACAGUUUCAUUGGCAAACACAAGAUGGCCAGAAGGAUAUAGAAGAUGAGCUUACGACUGGUCUUGAACUUGUGGACUCAUGUAUUAGAUCGCUGCAAGAAUCGGGAAUCCUUGAUCCGCAGGACUAUUCAACAAGUGAAAGGCCCAACCUUCUGUCCCAGAGCGCACUUCAGCUCAACUCCAAGCCCGAAGGGUCCUUCCAGUACUCCUCCAGCUACCACAGCAACCAGACUCUCGCCCUCGGUGAAACAGCGACCUCGCAGCUGCCCCCACGUGGCAACCAAGCUCGAGCUUCUCUGCAGAACUACGGACAGGGCACCGCCGGCCGGACAGCCCACCUCGCCGGCCCGGAGCCGCCGCCGCCGCCCGCGCCGUCGCAGCCGCUGCCGCGGGAGUCCUUCGCGCCGAGCCAUGGGAGCGCCUUCCACUUGCCGGACUCCUCGUCGUCGUCGUCCGCGCAGCCGCCGCCGCCGCAGCCGCCGCAGCAGCAGCACUCGCCGGCCCUCUACUACUCGAGCUCCACGCUGCCGGCGCAGAGAGUGAGCUCGCCCUUGUCCAUGCAGCAGGUGGGCUCCCCGACCAAGCUGCAGCGCGCGGGCUCGGCCUCCGAGAGCAGCGCCGCCGGCGGCUACGGCGCGGCGCAGCGCCUCUCCUCCCCCAAGCAGUCGCCCAGCCGCCUCGCCAAGUCCUACAGCACCAGCUCGCCCAUCAACAUCGUCGUCUCCUCGGCCGGGCUCUCGCCCUCGCCGAUCCGGGUCACGUCGCCGCCCACCGUCCAGUCCACCCUCUCCUCCUCGCCCAUCCACCAGCUCAGCUCCACCAUCGGCACCUACGCCACCCUCUCGCCCACCAAGCGGCUGGUCCACCCGCCCGAGCAGUACAGCAAGCACUCCCAGGAGCUCUAUGCCACGGCCACGCUGCAGCGACCGGGCAGCCUAGCAGCUGGAUCCCGGGCUUCCUAUAGCAGCCAACAUAGCCACCUGGGCUCUGAGUUAAGGGCACUGCAGUCUCCGGAGCACCAUAUAGAUCCUAUUUACGAAGACAGAGUUUAUCAGAAGCCCCCUAUGAGGAGUCUCAGCCAGAGCCAGGGGGACCCUCUUCAACCAGCACAUACAGGCACCUACCGCACUAGCACAGACCUGGUUAACCAUUUCUGUGAACAGGUCCUCAAUUUUUUACUUUGUCCCUACUUUCCUGUCGUAGCCCCAUCUUCCCCUGGUGUCGACUCCGUACCCUUACAGCGCACAGGCAGUCAGCACGGCACACAGAACGCAACAGCGACCUUCCAGAGGGCCAGCUAUGCAGCAGGCCCGGCCUCCAAUUACACAGAUCCCUACCGACAGCUGCAGUAUUGUCCUUCCGUUGAGUCGCCGUACAGCAAAUCUGGACCAGCCAUCCCACCUGAGGGAACCUUGGCUAGGUCCCCUUCAAUUGAUAGCAUUCAGAAAGAUCCCAGAGAGUUUGGAUGGAGAGAUCCAGAACUUCCAGAGGUCAUUCAGAUGUUACAGCACCAGUUCCCCUCAGUACAAUCCAACGCUGCUGCUUACUUACAGCAUCUCUGCUUUGGUGACAAUAAAAUAAAAGCUGAGAUAAGAAGGCAAGGUGGAAUACAGUUACUGGUGGAUUUGUUGGAUCAUCGGAUGACAGAGGUCCACCGUAGUGCCUGUGGAGCUCUGAGGAACUUGGUGUACGGGAAGGCCAACGAUGACAACAAAAUUGCUCUGAAAAACUGUGGGGGUAUCCCAGCUUUAGUACGAUUGCUCCGCAAGGCUACAGAUCUGGAAAUCAGAGAACUAGUCACAGGUGUUCUCUGGAACCUGUCCUCUUGUGAUGCACUAAAAAUGCCAAUUAUCCAGGAUGCCCUUGCAGUAUUGACCAAUGCAGUCAUCAUUCCUCAUUCGGGAUGGGAAAACUCCCCACUCCAGGAUGACCACAAAAUUCAGCUUCAUUCAUCGCAGGUGCUGCGCAAUGCCACUGGGUGCCUAAGGAAUGUCAGCUCGGCUGGAGAAGAAGCCCGCAGAAGAAUGAGAGAGUGUGAUGGACUUACUGAUGCAUUGCUGUAUGUGAUUCAGUCUGCUCUAGGAAGCAGUGAAAUUGAUAGCAAGACCGUUGAAAACUGUGUGUGCAUUUUAAGGAACCUCUCAUACAGACUCGCUGCAGAAACGUCUCAGGGACAGCAGAUGGGGACGGACGAACUAGAUGGCUUACUCUGUGGUGAUGCCAAUGGAAAGGACGCGGAAAGUUCAGGAUGCUGGGGCAAGAAGAAGAAGAAGAAGAAAUCUCAAGAUCAGUGGGAUGGAGUAGGUCCCCUCCCCGACUGUGCAGAACCACCAAAAGGAAUCCAGAUGCUGUGGCAUCCAUCCAUAGUCAAACCCUACCUCACGCUUCUCUCUGAGUGCUCGAACCCAGAUACGCUGGAAGGGGCAGCAGGUGCCCUGCAGAAUCUGGCCGCAGGUAGCUGGAAGUGGUCAGUAUAUAUCCGCGCUGCUGUACGGAAAGAGAAAGGCCUGCCGAUACUAGUGGAACUCCUUCGAAUAGACAACGACCGGGUAGUAUGUGCGGUUGCAACAGCUUUACGGAACAUGGCCUUAGACGUCCGAAAUAAAGAACUAAUAGGCAAGUAUGCCAUGCGAGACCUGGUUCACCGGCUUCCGGGAGGUAACAACAACAGUUCAGCGAGCAAGACCAUGUCCGACGAUACCGUCACUGCCGUUUGUUGCACCUUACACGAAGUCAUAACAAAAAAUAUGGAGAAUGCCAAGGCCUUACGAGACGCAGGAGGAAUCGAGAAGCUUGUUGGCAUUUCCAAGAGUAAAGGAGACAAGCACUCACCAAAAGUAGUGAAGGCAGCAUCUCAGGUCUUAAAUAGCAUGUGGCAGUACAGAGACCUGAGGAGUCUCUACAAGAAGCGGGUGGCCCCAGACUUCAGAGUGGCUGAGGACAGAGGAUUUUCACCUACCCAUCAUUCUGAGUCAUGGCACGCUCACCAUGCCCUCUCCCAGAACCAAGAAACCAGAAUCUAUUCCCAAACCCAGGAUGGAUGGUCACAGUACCACUUCGUAGCCUCAUCUUCAACAAUAGAGAGGGAUCGGCAAAGGCCGUACUCUUCAUCACGCACGCCUUCCAUCUCGCCAGUGCGCAUGUCCCCCAACAAUCGCUCAGCAAGUGCCCCAGCCUCACCUCGGGAAAUGAUCAGUUUAAAAGAAAGGAAAACCGACUACGAAUCAACUGGAACAAAUGCUACUUACCAUGGAAGUAAAGGAGAGCACACUUCUAGGAAAGACACAAUGACAGCUCAGAACACUGGAAUCUCUACUUUGUACAGAAAUUCUUAUGGCGCACCUGCUGAAGAUAUUAAACAUAACCAGGUUUCAGCACAGCCAGUCCCACAGGAGCCCACGAGAAAGGAUUACGAACCAUAUCAGCCAUUCCAGAAUUCAACGAGAAACUAUGACGAGUCCUUCUUUGAGGACCAAGUGCAUCAUCGCCCACCUGCAAGUGAGUACACCAUGCAUCUGGGACUCAAGUCCACCGGCAACUACGUCGACUUCUAUUCAGCUGCCCGGCCCUACAGUGAACUCAAUUAUGAAACAAGUCACUAUCCAGCGUCUCCGGAUUCCUGGGUUUGAGAUUUGGGCAAGCAAAAAAAGCUCCAGGAACUGUGCAUGUGCAUGCCUACCACGAGACAUACUUUUCCUGCAAAUUUAGUUUGUUAAAGCCUGUUCCGUAGGAAGGCCCUGAUAAUCAGUGUGGAAAAUUCAGACGGCUAAAAGAAUUGGAAGUUAAGCACCGGAGUGUCAUUGGCAAGGAGGGAAUGUAUAUCUGUUUCUGUAUCUAUAUAAUCCUGUCUCUCUCUAUAUAUAUAUAGAUAUAGAAAGAUAUUGUGUUGGGGGGACGACUGUACAGUUGUCCUUGUAUGCAGAGUUGAAAAACAAGUCACGCUGUGCACUGAAUGUGGCUGAAGGCGAAGGGGAAGGCUCAGAAGCAGAAGUGGGUCCAGAGUUAAGCACAAGCAAAUGAACCGUUUACACACCGUAUGGGGGACAGCUUCUCACACUUUGUUUCUUCUCCUCAUCCAUUGUGAAUCUAGGCUUCAAGUUGCAUUUGGGGUUUCCUCUGUACAGCAAGAUGUUUCUUGCCUUUUGUUAAUGCAUUGUUGUAAAGUAUUUGAUGUACAUUACAGAUUUAAAAGAGAGAGCAAGAGAAGGAGAGGUGCAUUGGGUAUAUUACACCAAUGCCACAGUGUUUCUUCAUCCAUGGUUCUAAAUAUUGCUUCAAUUUCAAAACUUUGAAAUAUGUAUGACUUUCCAGGGGCAGGGAGGGGCCGUUUUUUCUUUCUUUUUCUUUUCCUUUUCUUUUCCCCAGUGCGUUUUAACAAGAGAAAACAAAACGGAAUAUUUAGCAGUAUUGUUCGUUCUGAUAUGUGAAUUUGUUUGUGGCAACUAAAAAAAAAGGCAUUCAGCAAUUUCUGACAAUUAACAUUCAUCAUUCCACACUCCUUGUCAACGAAGUGCUUUUUCACUGCCUAAAAUUUUAGAUGUAGAUAUUUGAAAUAGAUUUUUUUCAUUUAUACCAGUUUCUUUAUGAUGAUACAGUGUUAAAAGAAAAUAAAUUACAAUUGAUCUGUCA